CAACAUGGCGGAUUAGGAGGCGACCGAAGCGCCCGGAUACAACGAACAAAUACUGGGAUACCGUUUCCCCUUUCCGUGGAGACGCCAGGAAUACAGGCUUUUCGGACGGCUAACGCGCUCCUUCGAGACUCCCCGAGACAUGCGUUUUGGAUAACAGUUCGCGUUGCUGUGCCUCACUCCAAAUUGGCUGUCUGUCCGAGAUCAUUCCUAUCACCCAGGCCCCCCACCCCGAACACACUCUCGGUUCCUGGGGUGUGGAGACAGGGGCCGGGGAAGUGGAAAACAAGCGCACUUUUAUCUGGAACAUCAGGCUCCGUGCUGCGGGACAGGGCUGUCAGGGGGAUCAUUGUGCGAAUGAGUGAGUGAUGCAGGUUUCGUUUCUCCAGGGCAGUAUGGGUGUGUGUCCCCUGCUCCUGCUCCUGCUCCUGCAUGUGGCCUUUGUGGCCCUCAGCACGGCCCAGACUCUCCCUCACCUUUCAGGUGCGGUCCAGACCACCAAACCUACACCCCAUCCUCCCACGACACCCCUAAUCAUAGUCACCAAUGGAUCCCCAACAGCCGCUCCAACAUCCACACCGUCCCCACAACUUAUUGCAACAAAAGCCUUCAAUGACUCUGAGGGUACUGCGGCCCCAGAGGCUACCACUGCUCCUCCAGUCGUCCCUCCUCCAGUUGUGCCCAUCCCUACUGUGGUGCUACCUGUACCGCCAACCCCAACUGCCGCAUCCCCGUCUCUCACCACCAACCAAACUGGAGAUCACCAGACCACCGUUUUGGCUCCAGCAGGGACGCCAACGCCUGAUCCCACAUCCACCCAGUCCUCCUCAGAGCCCGAGACGGAGACCCCGUAUACCCCAGCUGAUGCCACCACUGCUGACGUCAACAAGCCAGAAGGUGAAGAGCAAGAUGACACAGCGAUCAUGGCAGUGAUGGUUGCCUUAUCCUCUCUGCUGGUCAUUGUCUUCAUCAUCAUCAUCCUUUACAUGCUCAGGUUUAAGAAGUACAAGCAGGCAGGGAGCCACUCCAACUCCUUCCGCCUGACCAACGGCAGAGCUGACGACACAGAACUCCAGAGUGUACCGUUAUUGGCUCGCUCUCCAAGCACCAACAGGAAGUACCCGCCUCUUCCUGUCGACAAGCUGGAGGAGGAAAUGAACCGUCGAAUGGCUGACGACAAUAAACUCUUCCGGGAAGAAUUCAAUGCGCUGCCAGUGUGUCCCAUUCAAGCCUCAUGUGAUGCCGCCUCCAAGGAGGAGAAUAAGGAGAAGAACAGAUAUGUCAACAUCCUGCCCUAUGAUCAUUCUAGAGUUCAUUUGACCUCUCUGGAGGGUGUUCCUGACUCAGACUAUAUCAACGCUUCCUACAUAAAUGGAUACCAGGAGAAAAACAAAUUCAUUGCUGCACAAGGACCAAAAGAAGAGACAGUCAAUGACUACUGGAGGAUGAUCUGGGAGCAAAACACUGCCACCAUCGUCAUGGUCACCAAUCUGAAGGAGCGGAAAGAGUGUAAAUGUGCUCAAUACUGGCCUGACCAGGGAUGCUGGACUUACGGAAACAUCCGCGUGUCGGUAGAGGACACGAUGAUCUUGGUUGACUACACCAUCCGGAAGUUCUGCAUUCAGCAGGUGGGGGAUGUUUCCGGUAAGAAGCCUCAGAGGCUGGUCACACAGUUUCAUUUCACCAGCUGGCCUGAUUUCGGGGUUCCUUUCACUCCGAUUGGCAUGCUGAAGUUCCUGAAAAAGGUCAAGAACUGCAACCCACAGUAUGCUGGACCCAUAGUGGUUCACUGCAGUGCGGGUGUUGGCAGGACGGGCACCUUUAUCGUGAUAGAUGCAAUGCUGGACAUGAUGGGUGCAGAGAGAAAGGUGGACGUUUUCGGGUUUGUGACACGGAUCAGAGCCCAGCGCUGUCAGAUGGUUCAGACCGAUAUGCAGUAUGUGUUUAUUUUCCAAGCUUUGCUGGAGCACUACCUGUACGGCGACACGGAGCUGGAAGUGACGUCUCUGGAGACUCACAUGAAUAAACUCUACGCUCCUUUACCUGGAGCUGGCUGUGGAGGCCUGGAGGCAGAGUUUAAGAAACUUACCUCCAUUAAAAUCCAGAAUGACAAGAUGAGAACAGGAAACCUGCCUGCCAACAUGAAGAAGAAUCGUGUUUUGCAAAUCAUUCCAUAUGAGUUUAACAGAGUGAUCAUCCCUGUAAAACGUGGAGAGGAGAACACGGAUUACAUCAACGCCUCUUUUAUAGAUGGUUACAGGCAGAAAGACUCGUACAUGGCGUGUCAGGGGCCGCUCCAGCACACCAUCGAGGACUACUGGAGGAUGAUCUGGGAGUGGAGGAGCUGCUCUAUCGUUAUGCUGACCGAGCUGGAGGAGAGAGGACAGGAGAAGUGUGCUCAGUAUUGGCCUACAGAUGGUGUGAUGGUUUGUGGAGACAUGUCCAUCGAGCUGAAGAGGGAGGAGGAAAGUGAGAGCUACACUGUUAGGGACCUUCUAGUCACCAAUAACAGAGAAAAUAAGUCUCGCGCUGUGAGGCAGUUUCAUUUCCACGGCUGGCCUGAGGUGGGCAUCCCGUCUGAUGGGAAGGGCAUGAUCAACAUCAUCGCUGCAGUUCAGAAGCAGCAGCAACAGUCUGGAAACCACCCAAUCACUGUGCACUGCAGUGCUGGUGCAGGACGCACUGGGACAUUCUGUGCUCUCAGCACAGUCCUGGAGCGGGUGAAGGCAGAGGGCAUUCUGGACGUUUUCCAGACAGUGAAGAGUCUAAGACUACAGAGACCGCACAUGGUGCAGACACUGGAGCAGUACGAGUUCUGCUACAAAGUGGUCCAGGAAUACAUCGAUGCCUUCUCUGACUACGCCAACUUUAAGUAAAGCCACGGUCACCAGACUUUACCAGUCUUGCACUCACGUCCACACUUUCACCUAAACACAGCUAAACGAGACAGACUGCCAGCGCAAAGCAAAAGGGAACGCAAAAAUCCUUUGGCCGGCAACCACAAGAACAUGAUGCCGAAAGUGAAAAACAAAAACAAAGCAAACACCAUUAGAGAUGCCUUCUUGAAUAUUUUGUAAUAUUGCUCUUGUUAAUACGGCCCUUUCCCAUUUUUCUCAGUGUAAAUAUGCUCUUGUUUUUAUUUUUAUUUUUUUUGGUUUUAGAAGCUGUUUCAUUGCGGCUUUUAGAGUGACCUUAAUAUAGUUUACUGGUAUAUAAAUACAUACAUGAAUAUUUUAAAACGGCGCUUUGGAGACAGACGUUAAAAGAGAGGUAGCAAGUUGAGGGUGCUUUUCACUGGGUGUUUUACAAAACAAAAAACCUUCUUUUUCUGCAGUUAAGUGACUGACAACUAUUUAAAUGGCAGCUCAAUCCCUCUUUGCUGUUGCCUGUAGCUACGUAGCGCACAAAGUGACUAAUUGGAACCAAUCACGGUGCAUUAGGCACAGUAAUCGAGCGUGUUCACGAUUAAAAGAAAUUCACUGUGCUUUCCGAUUAUGUUCACUGGAGUGACAGAUAACAUUCUGUGUGUUUUGACACUCUCGUUGUGUCUAUUUUUUUAUUUAAUUUUUUUACAUUUUUGGGGGAAGUAUGACUUAAGAUUGAAGAUGCUAAAACGGUCAAAUGUGUUUUUAAGCUGUCGGUUUUGUUUCAAUGGGUCAGAACCAAUUUGUUAUCCGCUUUAGUCCAAACUAGAAAAUAUUAGAGUAAGACUUUAAAAGAAAAGAGGAUUCCCUGAGCGUUUCGAUGAAAGGAAAUACAGCUUUAGACUGUUCAUGUUAUUUCUUUUCUAUCAUUUUGUCCCCUCACAAUGGUGUAC